GUCAGAAGCGCGCCGCCUCGAAGCCGAGAGCUGGUGGCUGGGGCCGCUCUGAAAGAAAAGGUGGGAGCCGAACCCGGAAGUGGCGGCGGUCCCUGGAGAGCAGGCGGAGGCAGCGGCAAGUCUGACUCUGGGCUGACCGUGGAGCCGGGGCGGGGGCUGACAGCCAGGCCUCCGCCUGGCGGGAGCCGCACGAGGAGCGGGAGUGGCCGGGCCUCUCUUCCGCGCUUGAGCGAGCGCCGGGUGAUGGCGGUGGUGAUGGCGGCAGGCGCUCGGACAGCUCCGCUUGAGCUGAGCUCGGAGAGAUCCGUCCAGAAAGUGCCCAGAAGAAACUUCCUCUUAGAAAAGCUGAAAACACAAUAUUUAUAACACUGGAAAUUGUAAAGAAUUUGUUUAAAAUGGCUGAAAACAAUAGUAAAAAUGUAGAUGUACGGCCUAAAACAAGUCGGAGUCGAAGUGCUGACAGGAAGGAUGGUUAUGUGUGGAGUGGAAAGAAGUUGUCUUGGUCCAAAAAGAGUGAGAGUUGUUCUGAAUCUGAAGCCAUAGGUACUGUUGAGAAUGUUGAAAUUCCUCUAAGAAGCCAAGAAAGGCAGCUUAGCUGUUCGUCCAUUGAGUUGGACUUAGAUCAUUCCUGUGGGCAUAGAUUUUUAGGCCGAUCCCUUAAACAGAAACUGCAAGAUGCGGUGGGGCAGUGUUUUCCAAUAAAGAAUUGUAGUGGCCGACACUCUCCAGGGCUUCCAUCUAAAAGAAAGAUUCAUAUCAGUGAACUCAUGUUAGAUAAGUGCCCUUUCCCACCUCGCUCAGAUUUAGCCUUUAGGUGGCAUUUUAUUAAACGACACACUGUUCCUAUGAGUCCCAACUCAGAUGAAUGGGUGAGUGCAGACCUGUCUGAGAGGAAACUGAGAGAUGCUCAGCUGAAACGAAGAAACACAGAAGAUGACAUACCCUGUUUCUCACAUACCAAUGGCCAGCCUUGUGUCAUAACUGCCAACAGUGCUUCGUGUACAGGUGGUCACAUAACUGGUUCUAUGAUGAACUUGGUCACAAACAACAGCAUAGAAGACAGUGACAUGGAUUCAGAGGAUGAAAUUAUAACGCUGUGCACAAGCUCCAGAAAAAGGAAUAAGCCCAGGUGGGAAAUGGAAGAGGAGAUCCUGCAGUUGGAGGCACCUCCUAAGUUCCACACCCAGAUCGACUACGUCCACUGCCUUGUUCCAGACCUCCUUCAGAUCAGUAACAAUCCGUGCUACUGGGGUGUCAUGGACAAAUAUGCAGCCGAAGCUCUGCUGGAAGGAAAGCCAGAGGGCACCUUUUUACUUCGAGAUUCAGCGCAGGAAGAUUAUUUAUUCUCUGUUAGUUUUAGACGCUACAGUCGUUCUCUUCAUGCUAGAAUUGAGCAGUGGAAUCAUAACUUUAGCUUUGAUGCCCAUGAUCCUUGUGUCUUCCAUUCUCCUGAUAUUACUGGGCUCCUGGAACACUAUAAGGACCCCAGUGCCUGUAUGUUCUUUGAGCCGCUCUUGUCCACUCCCUUAAUCCGGACGUUCCCCUUUUCCUUGCAGCAUAUUUGCAGAACGGUUAUUUGUAAUUGUACGACUUACGAUGGCAUCGAUGCCCUUCCCAUUCCUUCGCCUAUGAAAUUGUAUCUGAAGGAAUACCAUUAUAAAUCAAAAGUUAGGUUACUCAGGAUUGAUGUGCCAGAGCAGCAGUGAUGCGGAGAGGUUAGAAUGUCGACCUGCAUACAUAUUUUCAUUUAAUAUUUUAUUUUUCUUAUGCCUCUUUGAAUUUUUGUACAAAGGCAGUUGAAUCAAAUAAAACUGUGCCCUAAGUUUUAAUUCCAGAUCAAUUUAUUUUUUUUAUGAUACACUUGUUAUAUAUUUUUAAGCAGGUGUUUGGUUUUGUUUUUACCAUAUAAAUUUACAUAUGGUCCAGGCAUAUUUACAAUUUCAAGGCAUUGCAUAUACAUUUGAAUAUUCUGUAUUUUUUAAAUAAUCUUUUGUUCUUUCCUAUGUGUGAAAUAUUUUGCUAAUCUAUGCUAUCAGUAUUCUUGUAUGACCGAAUAGUUACCUAUUCUCUUUUCAUCUUGAAGAUUUUCAGUAAAGAGUGUUGUAAUCAAUCCAUUAUAAUGUAAUUGACUUUUGUAAUUUGCCAAUAGGAGUGUUAAACAACAAAAUGAUUUAAAAUGAAACUUAAUGUAUUUUCAUUUUAAAUAUUAACUAAACCAAGUUUGUUUGUUAGUUAUUCUAGCCAAUAAGAAAAGAGAAUGUAGCAUCCUAGAGGUGUAUUUGUUCUGCAGUUUGGCAGGACCGUCAGUUAGUCCAAAUAAACAUCCCCUCAGCGUGGAGGCGAAUGGAACCUGUGCUCCUUUCUUACGGGAAGCUUUGCAAAGCAAAAUAGCAGGGUUACAAGCUUGGAGUUGUUAAGGCAACUAGAGUUUUCUCUAUUAAUUUAUAGACUGUUGUUGCACCUACUUAGCUCUUUUUUGGGAACUCUAGUUCCCAGGGGAAAAUACAUAGUUUCUAAACAGCUCCUGGAUCCACCAAUAACAAAAAACUGUCUCAUUAUUUUAAAUUGAUCUUAAAUAAAGAUGAAAACAAAAACAUGGCUCAAUAUUUAGGAAGCUUAACAUUGCUUUUGGUAUUUACAACCUAAAUAGUCAUUUCUGUCCUCAGAACUAACAUGAAUUUUAUGUGGUGUGGCAGUAGCUCCAUGACAUGACGUCACAGGCCUAGAGUAACAAACAGUGGAGGGGUGCCCUGUUUCUUCAGUGACUGACCUUGACAGAGUGCCCAGUUUUCCUUGUGGGAGCUAUCUGCCUCUUUUAAAUAUUGUACUAAUUAUUUUACUUAUCUUUUUCUGUGUGUAACAGUGUUUCUCCAUGUAGCCUAGGCUGACCUCAAAUUUGAGCUCCUUCAGCCUGAAUUUCAGAUUACUGGUUUAACCCACCAUGAACAGCUAGUGAUGGAUGGAUAGAUUUUUUCCUUUCCUUCCUUCCUUCCUUUCUCUUUUUCUUUGUUUUUGUUGUUGUUGUUGCUAUUUGCUUAGCUUGGAUUGGUUUGGUUGUUUAGUUGGUUGGAUUUUGUUUGUUUUUUUUUUUUUAAACAGUCUCUCUGUGUAAUCCUGGCUAUCCUGUAGCUUGCUGAGUCGACCAGGCUGUCAUCAAACUCUGAGAAAUACUACUGCCUUUGCCUCCCAAGUACUGUCUUAAAGGCAUCUGACACCAUGCAUGGCUAAUAAUUCCUCCCUCCCUCCCUCCCUCCCUCCCUCCCUCUUUCUUUCUUUCUUUCUUUCUUUCUUUCUUUCUUUCUUUCUUUCUUUCUUUCUUUCUUUCUUUCUUUCUAUGAUGUAUUUCUUGAUGUUAGUUCAGCUGUGUAAGGAAAUUUGCUUCAGCCUGAUUGAAAGAACAUUAACUCAUACAUUUCUGAGUUAGAACAAAUGUUUCUCUUUGACAUGGUGAUACAUGCCUCUAAUCCUAGCACUUGAAAACCAGAGGGAUGGGGAUUGCUGCAAGUUUAAGCCAGUCAGAGCUGUGUGCUGAGAAUUUGUCUCCAAAAAGAAGCCUUAUUCUUGUUGCAUAUAUGUUAAAGUAGCCUUUCCCAGCCUUGAGGAUCUGUUAAUGUAAAAACAUGCUUCAGCAAUAGCUUUCACUGAAUAUAGCAGUUCAUGCCUGUAUUCCCAAAACUUGGGAGACUGAGGCAGAAGGAUCACCAUGAGUUCUGGAAUAACCUAGGCUACAGAGUGAGACCCUAUCUCAAUAUCCCUGCCCCCCACCCUGCAAAGAAACUAACAGUUUUAAAUUCUUCAACAAUUACAAAGUUAAAUGGGAAAAAUCUUUUACCAUUCUCUUCUAGAAUUUUUUCUCAGCGGUCUAAAGAUCGUGUGAUCCCUGUGAGAGGUAGCCACUCAAGGUGUACCUCUUAGAGUUGUACUGAGGCUCAGGCUGUGAACACCAGUGUCAGGGUAACUUAAGUGUUUGAAGCUGAUGCUGACCUCCCUGACAGUAGACAGGCCGACUACCUCAUCUCGCUGUGGCACUUUUGUAGUUACUGAGAUGCUCAUCUUAUUAACCAGUGCGAUAUUUCCUAAGUGUCCAUCUUUGCUGAAAGAAAAAUUAUAGUGUGGUAAGACUCUACUCAUAAUUACAGCUCUAUAUCAGAAUUUGAUAAAACCUUUUGUUUCUGUGAAACAAUUAUUUUUAACAUUUUUCUUUUAAAAGUAACUUUUUAUCAGUACAGAACUAUCUAAGGGAUGACUAGCUUAUGAAUAUUCUGUUAAAAGGUAGUUUUAUAAAGAAAAGUGAAAUAUGUCUUUUAUAGUGGUAAAACUAAGUAUUUAUAUGAAAGUCAAAAUCAGUAGCUUUUAAUAUACUUCAGACUGGUUGCUUAUGAUAUAUUUUCUCUGGCUUUUUUAUUCUUUUCAAUUUUUAGGUAUUAACAACUGUUAAUAUUUUCAAAAUACUGCCAUAUGUGUAGCUUUGAAAUGUGUAUUAAAUGAGGACAAGAGAGCGACUUGUAUACUCUGAAAUGCUUUGUAUCUUUCCUUUGGUACUUACUACAAUAAAAAGAAAUUUGGAAAGUAGAGAUAUAUAAAGACUUGGGAAGAGAAUUAUUUAGUGUGAAGGAAAGAGAAGAGAGUAACAAAAAAUUAGGGAUUGGAAUGUAGAGAAAUUAUCACUGUGUUCUUGUGAUGAACAUCAGUAUUCAAAAGUAACUCAUAAAAAGUUUAAAAUAUAUUUGAGUUAAAUAGCUAAAAUGCAACUAAUUUAUGCUAAAUUAGCAUAAAUAAAAUUUAAGAAGUAUGCAAGGAAGUCUCAAUUAAAUGAAAAUGUUAAAACUCUUAACUUGAAUUGUGGAACAUUUGAAUAGUAUUAAUUCCAGUUGAAAGACUGUCUAGUGCAGGCCUUGAUGCCCACAGCUUUAAUCCCAGCACUGGGGACACAGAGGCAGCCGGGUCCCUCAGAGUUGGAUGCCAACCUGGUCUACAAAGUGAGUUUCAGGCCAGCCAGGGCUACACAGUGAGACCUGUCUCAAAACAAAACAAAAGAAGGAAGAAAGAAAAGGAAUUGAAAGAAAAGCAGUUGGUAUGGGGGAACUGUGCAGAGUUUAUUUGUGAGACAGGAUGGAGCUAAAAGAAUCAAGAUAAAAUAUUAAAAUUAAGAAUUUAGGCAUUGCCUCAGGGAAAAGGCAGCGAGAGGGAACCACUUUAUUGCUAAUAGCUCGUCUGGAGCAGACGCCAGCUGCUCUGGGAGCCUCCAGCACAACCAGGAAGUGAACUUGACUUUCCAUUUCUCCUGGGGCUUUUUAGGACAGACCCUUCUGCUCUUUGUUAGACCUGCAUCUUGAGUCAUGCUACGAUUGCUAAAAUAUGCUGAAUGGAUUAUUUUUAAAAGUUUCUUUGGGUGUUUUUUCUAUGAAGAGUUAUAUGUGAUUUUUCUGAUAUAUAACUGUGUCAGUGGUCUAAAUAAUGAAUGGAGGGGAUAUGUUAAUUUAAAGGGGAUCUGAUAGGAACAUUAAAGGAAGCUUUUAGUCAGCCUGUGGCUAGAUUUAUUGAUUUGGUAAGCAAACCUGUAUUGUUUGCUGACUUUCAGCUAAUGGCUAACUCUGGUCAAAGAAUGGCUUUUGCUUAAGGUUUUGACUUAUUAUAAAUAAGAUUAAGAAUAUCUUAGUAAUUAGGAAUCCUUUAAAACAUAGAACAAAUGUGCAAAUAAGACUCAUCUUUUUAUAAGAAAAACACAUAAGCCUUUAUCACUUAUUCAUGAGCUAAAGCCAUUAAGAUAAAUCAAAUUAUCGACGUUCAAUCUCUGAACUUUGGAUCGUUUUCUAGAUCCAUAUAAUAGAGUACUUCUUUCCUGUGAAUCUGAUGCUUUGAGAUAGAUCUCUUACCCUCUUUUCAUUAAAAGUAUUUGUCAUUUUUAACUACAGUCACAAUCCAGUAGGCAACUAUAUUUUUAUUUUGGCAGAGCAAAUUUCAGAGUCCAUACUUAAUUAUAAGACAAUCCUGAAGACAAAACAAUGUUUAAAAUAGCCUAUUUAGCCAGGUGUAGUGGUACAGGCCUCUAGUCCCAUCACUUGGGACUAGAUUUCUGUGAGUUCCAGGCCAUUGUUACAUCCUGUCUUGAGAAAAGAAGACGAUGAAGACAUGUAAAGUAAUGGCUAUCUAGUGGAAAAGGCUUUAGGACAAAACUAACUUCAAGACAGUGUGUCUAUUUUGUAAUUUUGAAUGGAUUGCUCAAUCCUAAAUACUCCUUUGCCUUAAUUUCCUGUGAAAUGUAGGUAAUGGUCUUGGUCUCCUGAAUGUUCAGUAAAAGGUGUCCCUUGGAUCAUAGUUGAAAAUAAUAGUUGCUGAGUAGCUAUUCAGUACUAGUUGAGAAUGACACAUUUUUAAAGUAGCACCUUUGUGGGGCAUACAAAAUCAUAUUCACUUGUCUGUAAUAAGCUUUCUUGACUUGCUCUGAUAAUGGAGAUAAUAGAACAAUUUGGGUUUAUGGUUUAAACCCUACAAUUAGAUAAUUGGAGUUUCCUCCUGCCUUUCAGAAGAUCUGUGUAAACUGAUGUUGGCCUUAUUUGGAAAGAUAAUCACAUCUGCAGGAAAUAAAGAUCAUUUUACCAUGGUUAUAAAUCAAAUCUAAGCUAUCAGACUUAGGAGUCAUGAUGUAAAACUCAAGAAAGUUUAUUUAAAUUAUGCUGGCUUUGCUAGAAUUGGAUACAUUUGUAUGAGCCGAGUAUGAAAUAUAUACACUUGAAUAUCAGAGUUUAAUGAUUUCACAAAGCUAUGUUGUCAAUCAUGGUGUGUAACCCAUACUGUUUCUUUUCACUUUCUAAUCUUGACAAAUAUUUCUGUAGGUUUAAAAUUUUUGAUCUAAAUAAAUUUUCGCUUAAUAUAUUAAAUCCAAAA